AUGAACAGAGGCAGGUCCUUUGAAAAGAGCCCCAGGGAAGAUAGCCAGAAAUCAGAGAAGAACUCCAAGGCUUUCAAGGAUAUUUCCAAAUACUUCUCUAAGAAAGAAUGGGCAGAUCUGGGUUACUCAGAGAAAAUCACCUAUGUGUAUAUGAAAAGAAACUAUGACAUCAUGACUGAUCUAGGUAACAGGAAGUUCUGCGCUCAGGAACAGCUGUGCCCCCCGGGAAAAGCAAAUACCUCUGGUCAGCAGAGUAAGAAAACAUCAGGACACAGAAGAAGGGAGAUUAAUGUCUGGACCCACAGACUGCGGGAAAGAAAGAACUUGGUGGUCUAUAAAGAGAUCAGUGAUUCCGAAGAAGAUGACUAA